AUGACAGUAGUAACGCCAGAAACGCACUCUCUGCCGCGCAAUCGCUUCGCACCGAACUCUCGCCUCCCCAUCCUCAUCUACCGCGACUGUUUGCCCCUUCCCAUCACCGAAGCAUCAGCCAAGUCCUUCCUCGAAUCUCACGCCUGGCUGCACGGCGGCACCUGGGGUCACAUCCCCCGUCGACACUUCCAUCCUAACACGCAUGAAUGCUACGGCAUAUUCCAAGGAGAGUCGACCAUGCUGGUGGGAUGCGGACACAACGACGAUGAAGCGGACGGUCUGAAGUUGGAGGUGCGCAAAGGCGAUGUCAUCGUCCUACCAGCGGGGACGGGGCACUGCAAUCUGACGAGUACGCCGGACUACCGCUACGUUGGGGUAUAUCCUGAGGGAGCACCGAAAUGGCGUAACGAGUUGGGCAAGGCUGAAGGGCCGGCUAUCGAGGCAUUGAGGAAGGAGGCCGAAACGGUGGCCAUGCCGAAGGCGGAUCCCGUUAAUGGCGCAGAUGGGCCGUUGCUGACGCUGUGGGCGAACGCGUGA